UGAGAAAGAAAAAUAAGAAAAUCCUCUACAACAUAAUUCUGCCGGAUAUCGCCAGGGAUCUACUCUCCAAACACGAUGAGACGUAUCUACAUAGCACGACCCAUGAUGACGUUGGUGUUAUGUUUGCUGCUUGUCCUCAUUUUGACGAAUUCUACACCGAAAAUUGCAAUUAUGAAGAUGGUCUUGGAUGUCUGCGCUUCCUCAAUGAAAUAAUAUCGGACUACGAUGAGUUAUUACAGGAACCCGAAUUUGCCAACCUGUGUAAGAUAAAAACUAUUGGUGCUACCUACAUGGUUGCCAGUGGUCUGCAGAAACAUAUCGACGAUAUCUCCAUGGAGGAAAAUGGAAGAUGCAGACGACGGGAACACCUCGGAACACUUCUGCAAUUUGCGUUAAAAAUGAUGGAAGUUAUAGAGGAUAUUUCCAGGGAAUCGUUUACCAACUUCCAGCUCAGAAUAGGUAUAAACCAUGGUCCAGUCAAAGCUGGCGUCAUAGGAGCUCAUAGGCCUCACUACGAUAUAUUUGGUAACACUGUCAAUGUGGCUAGUCGUAUGGAGAGCACUGGCGUCAUAGGGGAAAUACAGGUACUGAAGUCGACAGCUCAAACUCUACAGAGGCUCGACUACAAUUUCAAACUAAGGGGCUUGAUAGACGUUAAAGGGAAAGGGAGACUCGCGACGUACUUUCUGUUAAGGACAGACAAAUCAGUUUCGUCACCUCACGAGGAGCCGUCAUUUCUAUAAUGGAGGUGUGUUCUGUGAGCGUUUAUUGUCAUCAACGGCGAAAGGGAUGUGUCGGAGGUUUGAGUGGCUUGUAAACGGGUUUUAUCUGGUUUGUGUUUUUCAUUUUAACAUGGCGUAUUUAUAAAUAUAGUGCCCUUUCGGUUAGAAAACACGAUGUUUCACCAGGGCGAAAUAUUUUAUUAUCCCGAAAUGGAACAAAAACACAACAGUGCAGGUGGUCUGGCUUUCGCGACAUUGUUAUUGUCAUACCUCAUUCACUCGGAACACAUAUGUGGUGCGUCUAGCCCAAUUUUUCUAGAGAUGCUCCGAAUGAGAGAAAUUUGGCAGGAGAAACUCGAGCGCGCUAGAUUGAAACGAAUUUAUAUUUCCCCGUAAUGUGAUCGAUAUAAUCCAAUUCGACCAACUUUAAUAGAGAUUAGGUAAAUAUAAAUACAACUUUAAACAUUGUCAUUCAGCACUACGAUAAUGUUUCGGCAUUUCCGCAUUCAAUUUUACGACGUAUCAGUGCAAUGGGCGUUAUUCAGUCAGACUCGUUCGUAUAUUUUUAUACACACACAUGCUUGUGAAGUACGGACCACAGGCCACUUAAUACUCCGAGUUACGACAGUGACGUCACUUUCGGCCAGUACUACUAACGAAAUAUUUGAUGAAUUGUCUGAACUGAUGGGAUUCAAUCUUUAGGGAGGUUUCAUUAUUAAGUACGAAGUGACAUCCGUCUGCUAUAUAUAAUGGUUAGGGUUUGCUUCCAUAUUUGGACUGUAUGCAAAUUUGUUGUGCCUUACACAUUUCAAUAUUGGCAAAAUGUCCCGGUUUCAAGAAUAUUGUCUUGUUGAAUGUUACUUCUGCGUCACAGCAAACACGGUCCAAAACCGAUGUAAUGGAAGAAUUUGUUUUUAUCAAAAAUCUUAUAAGUAAGUUUUGACAUUUUUCAUCAUCAUUGUAUUUCCUUAGUAAUUUGAGGCCAUAUGUAUAUUUAUUUCAUCAUGUAUGUUUUAUGGGAAAAGACGGAUUGUAAGUUUUUAAACUUGUGUCUGAUCCCAUUUGUAUAUUUGCAAAUAAAAUAUGUUUAAAUCAAAAUAUUCAACCCUUACUUAGCGCAGAGAUGUAUAAAACCAGAAAAAAAUACGAUUUUGUCUCUCUAUG